UGUUUCGUCCCACUCGAUUGCCGACUAUUCAAUAAAUUAUAACUCAGCUGACGUCCGGCAUAGAUCUAAAUAUUUUUAUGUAAUACACAAGUCGUACUAUUUUGUAGCGAUAAAUGAAAAAAAAAGAGCGCUGGGUUGUCACCUAAGCAAACAAAAGUGUCACGGACGGACAGGAUCUAUAGUUGCGCUGGGUGUUCGGGUUGGUGUGUUUAGUCUUUACGCAUACACUUCCCUUCGUUUCGCCCUUCAGCCAAAAAAAGAAAAACGACACGGCCAACAUGUGCGACGCAUCCGUAAUGUAUCCAGCAACGCGCAAUCAAGUUGCGUGUGUGCCAUAGAGUUGAGAUAUGUACUGUGCGUCUGCUCCACCGUAUGUCUUGUUUGUAUGGGUCGUCCCCCUUCGGAUUGGAACUGUUGAAAAGGCGAUUGAUGUGAAAUCACGUGACUCCAGCCUUUGGAAUUCCAGAUUUGUCAUCGAUGUUAUUCAUUCCCCAUCUGCAUCAACUACCGACCGGAUCCUUAUAUGGAAAGGUUAUAAAGGAUGAUCAGGGUAUGCGGGUUGGAGAAUUUAUUCGAAAGAUCGUUAAGAACGAAAAGAAUGCGGAUAACCGCGCGGCUUCAACUUGACUGAUGUGCACGCACAGCCACUGCAGGAUUAGAUGACGCAGACGCAGCCGCUAGAUUCCACUAGACAUGCCGGAGUGAGACUGUCCGAUGUUGGAAAGAGAGACGCCGAACAAACACGACGCCGAUUCCCACAGCAUUCAGUGUCUGGCCGUCUUUCGUAUCCAAUGGAUGUGCAGCCAUAGUCUCUUGGGCUACAUCUUCCACGAUUGUCGUCACGGGAGCCGGUCAAACAUUUUUGUUUUUUUCUUUCGUUUGUUACAAACGACUGUUGCUGGAAAUUGGACGUUUAGUAGACGGGGGCCGAGAGCAUCCGUCAGCUGCCGGAGGAUCUUCCUUUUUUCAUUGGAUACCGAUUGCUUUGGCCGUCAAGCCAGCCAAAAAAAAAAAAGCUUCAUGUCGGAGAUGGCAGUCGUCUCGUUAAUAGAUUGCUUGUGAACAGCACGUGACGGACAAGCAUACAAUACCGUUGCCGUAGCACGUCCUUCAACUCCAAUUUAAAAAAAAAAAAAAGAACAUGUAAAAACUUUCAGAAUUCGACUAGCAUCAACAAUACGUCGGGAUAAAAAAAAAGGGGUUUACUAAUUCAAGAUAUUGUCCGACAUCACUCGUCGUUUACAUUUGAAACUUUUCACGAAAAAUUGUGAAUGCAAUCAGAAAAGCAUAGAGUUCGUGUAUAAAAAGGUCGCCAUGUCAAUGAUGCCCGACGAUGUCGCCAACGAUUCGCAUUGGUCGGCGAUGGACGAAGACGAUGAACUCAGCGAUGGUUAUGUGGCGUACAGUGAACGACUCGAGACGUACAUCGUGCCCGUAGUGUUCGGUAUCAUCUUCUUAGUGGGUGUCAUCGGCAAUGGCAGCCUCAUAUACGUCCUGUGUCGCCACAAAUCGAUGCGCAGCGUGCCCAACACGUUCAUCUUUAACUUGGCCGUCGGCGACCUCCUCAUUCUCAUCUGCACCGUCCCCUUCACUUCCACCAUUUACACGCUCGACUCUUGGCCCUACGGCGAGUUUGUCUGUAAAGCCUCUGAAUUUGCCAAGGAUACGUCAGUAGGCGUUUCCGUUUUCACGCUGACGGCGCUCAGCUUCGAUCGGUACACGGCGAUUGUACGACCCGUCCAGUCGUUUGUCAGUGGCCCCAGGUCCAAAUUGGUCAUCGUUUGUCUCGCGGUCAUCUGGCUGGCGUCGUUGGUGCUCGCACUGCCGGCCGUCUUCUUCUCGCAUUUGCUCAAGCAUCCCGGCGAGCGCAUUCCGGACUCGGAGCGGGAAGUCGAUGCUAAUGGAACAAUGAUUGGCCCCACCCAUAGGGAAAUUCACAUUUGCUAUCCUUUCCCCCAAGAAUUCGGACCAGACUAUCCGAGAAUGGUCAUCCUCCUCCGCUUUCUUCUUCAUUAUUUCCUACCCCUCAUCACUAUAGGCACGUUCUACGCAAUCAUGGCCCACCAUCUCCUGCGCAGCGUUCAAAAUAUCCCAGGCCAGGCCAUGUUGACAACAUCUGCGCGUCAUCGAUACCAGACAGAAGCCUCUUCAUCUAAUCAGUCUGAGCCAACCGUUUUACUCCAGCCACAACAGCAGCCGAAUCAGAAUCGAGCACGUCGCAAACUCGCAAAGAUGGUGCUGUCUUUUGUCGUUCUGUUUGCCGUCUGUUUCUUGCCGAUUCACGUCUACUUCAUGUGGUUCUACUUCAACCCGAACUCGGAGGCUGAGUACAACGCUUUUUGGCACGCAUUAAAGAUAUUCGGAUUUGUCCUGGCGUACACGAAUUCGUGCAUCAAUCCCAUCGCGCUCUACUGCGUUAGCACGAGCUUCCGCAAACAUUUCAACCGAUUACUCUGCUGUUGCGGGGCAGAUCAGGCCGGCAACCACUCGGGCCCAGCCAGCUAUUGCGGUGGCUCGAUGUGCGCGGGCAACGCGGCUAGCUACAGCCGUGCCGGCGCUACGGCUGUAACGGACGAUCCUACAGCCUUCACUCGUCACUCGAGUAGUCGGCGACAAAAUACUAUGCUCACAUCAGUCAGCCGUCGACAUCCGCAGGCUGAAAAUCUAAAAAAUGUCGAUGGCGAUUAUCCGCUCAACGAGUUGCAACGUCAACUCCAUCAGCCAACGGCAGUGCGCACACAAUCUAGUUGUUGAUUUACGGAAUCCGAUAGAUCUGAAUGCAUUUUUUUUUUUGGAGGAGGGAAUCAAAUUUGGCGCCUUUGCAAUUUGUAUGAUGUUUGUCGUACACAUUUCACACAGGUCCCAUCACACAAUUUCUUUUCCAUUGGUUGACGGAAUGCUUCCUCACAUAAACGUGUAAUGUUGUCACGGGCGAGCUGCAGAUUAUUAAUAUUUUUGUUUGUUUAUCUCUUUUAAUCUUUUAAAAUCGAAUUCUGAACUUUCAUCACAUUGAUCUAGAACAGGACCUGUGUAAUAUUUUCUGUUUGAUCCUUGAAUCUUUUUUGUUUAUUGGUUUCUGCUUGCUGUAUAACCUCCUGAGCUGUCACCACUCCACUCCCUUGGAGCAUCUCUCUGUGGUUAAGAACCACACAAAUUUGUCGGGUUCUGUGUUAGUGUUUCGAUCAAGAGCAGACAGUAAUGUUUUUAUUUAGAUUUUCAAUUGUGUAUUCGAGUUCGUUCUUCACCAGUGCGACCCCUUUUGAUUUUUCUUUCCUAUUGUUAUUGUUGUAACAACCCCCAUACACCUAACGAAAGAGACAAUAACAAAUAAACGGUAGAACGCGGCCACGACGUCUACAUAAACACUU